CUCCCAACGAUGACCGUAACCCACCGUCAACGCAAGCAACCCGCAGCGGCCACCGGCGCCAAGGCCGCGACACUGCACUCAGCCCCCGCCCCUUCGCCGCGGGCGAGGUCCCACGGGAAGACGCACGGGCGGGGCCGGGGGUACCGGCCGCCGCCGCCGGACGCGCCGGACCGGCCGCACAAGUGCGACAACUGCGGGUUCGCGUUCAAGCGCUCGUCCGACCUCGCGCGGCACAGCAAAAUUCACCUCGGGGAGGCGGAUCGCUUGGCGCAGUCGUGGACGUGCCCAGAAUGCACGUUCUUGGCGCUGACAAAGACGGGGCGGGAUAAUCAUAUGAAUGUGCACACCGACGAGAAGCCACACAAGUGUCGCUACUGUGGCGAGGGCAAGCGGGACCUGGCCGGCGUCACGCGCCACGAGGAGAAAAAGCACCCGGAGGUGUACGUUGCGCGCAUGGCGGAGGCGAGGGCUAAGGGGAAGGGGAAGCGCCCGGCUCGGUUGGACCUCGACGCCGCAAAUGCUGACAUCGCGCCAACCGAAAAGACGCCGACGAAUCAGAUCCCGGCGGCGGGCACCUCGGGGCAGCUGUCGCCGUCUUACGCGCAGCUCGCGUUUAGUUUUGCUGCUCCAAAUGUGCCACCACCAAUGCCCUUCCCGCCCCAGUCAAGCCUCGCUAUGCCGCAGCUCUCAGUGUCACUGCAGGCGACGUUUAACUUCCCCGCUUCCCCUCUCCCCGCGUCUACGAUAAUGCCACCAUGGGCGGCUUCCUUCGGGCCGCCCCAACCACAAUCGCACCUCGCACCACCCUCUGUACCCCCCGCCUAG